CAUAUUGCACUCAGGAGAUGCUGAACACCACACUUCCCCGCUGUCUCGUCUCCGUACCUGACCAACAGCGCGCACCCCAGUCCUCAGGCAGAGUGUAUGUGGUAGGGAACGGCUGUCAACAUGUCGCAAUUUGUGAUGCAAGAGAAGAAGUCGGCUGAGCACAUGCGUGCUUUUGCUGAAAAGGUGUUCGCCUCUGAUGCCAAGGAUGAGGACGUCCGUGACGAGGUCUCAAUGUUUGAUGUCGUGGACGACUGUCCCAUCCUCAACGAGGAGCAGUCCAAUCAUUGUCAUCAUGAUGACAAUCUUGAAAAGAGGAAGAAGAUGAUGUCCCGUGCCCGUGAGUCUCUCAUGGAUGAUAAGCCAGCCUACCUGAGUGUGCCUGACUUCCAGAGGGUUGCCAUCAUUGGAGACUUUGCCACUGGGGUGACCAUGGAUGAUUUUGAGCUGGCUUGCAACGGCCUGCACCGUGCCCUGACCAUCAGGGAGAAGUACAUGAAGCUUGCCAUCCAGCGCUUCCCACGUACUGUCUCUCAGAUCUUGGCUGGUAUUGACGGCAGGACAUGGAAGGUUGAAGACGAGGUGCAUCCAGUCUUCACUCCUCCAUACAAAGCUGGGGAGGAUCCAUUUGAGACCAAGACCUUGCCUGAGAACCUGAACUACGUGGCACGUAUGCGGGACGGUGUCGUCCACGUCUACAAAGACGCCCAGGCUGUCGACAAGAACGAGCCCCUUGACCUGCCGUUUGUUGACUUCAACACCUUCAUUGAUGACAUGAACUUCCUCAUCUCUCUCAUCGCUCAGGGCCCAACUAAGACAUACACUCACCGUCGUCUGAAGUUCUUGAUGUCCAAGUUCAAUGUGCAUGAGAUGCUGAAUGAGAUGGAGGAGCUGAAGGAGCUGAAGAACAACCCCCACAGAGACUUCUACAACAGCAGAAAGGUUGACACCCACAUCCAUGCAGCCGCCUGCAUGAACCAGAAGCAUCUGCUGCGCUUCAUCAAGAAGUCUUACCGCGAGGACGCAGACCGCGUGGUGCACAAACUGAACGGCAAAGAAGUCACAAUGAAGGAGCUGUUUGAUUACCUCAAAAUGCAUCCUUAUGAUCUGACGGUGGACUCACUUGAUGUGCAUGCUGGCAGGCAAACCUUCCAGCGCUUUGACAAGUUCAAUGCCAAAUACAACCCAGUGGGGGCCAGUGAGCUGCGUGAUCUGUAUAUGAAGACUGAGAAUCAUAUUGAUGGAGAGUACUUUGCUACCAUUAUCAAGGAAGUGGCUGGUGACCUUGAAGAUGCAAGAUACCAGUAUGCAGAGCCCCGUCUGUCUAUCUAUGGCUGCAAUGCUAAUGAGUGGACCAAGCUCUCCGGCUGGUUCAACAAGCACAGAGUGCACUCCUCCCACCUGAAGUGGAUGAUUCAAGUGCCUAGAAUCUAUGACAUUUUCAGAGCCAAGAACUUUGUGCCUCACUUUGGAAAGACUCUGGAGAAUAUUUUCCUGCCUGUAAUUGAAGCUACCAUCAACCCCCAUACCAACCCAGAGCUCAGCAUCUUCCUUAGACACGUUACAGGCUUUGACAGUGUGGAUGACGAGUCCAAGCACAGUGGCCACAUGUUCUGCACUAAGAGCCCCAAGCCCGACGAGUGGGACAUUGUCAAGAACCCAUCCUACACUUACUAUAUUUACUACAUGUAUGCCAACAUUGCAUACAUUAACCAGCUGCGUAGGCAGAGGGGAAUGAACACUUUCCAGUUCAGACCCCACUGUGGAGAGGCUGGAGCUGUCACUCACCUGCUCGCCUGCUUCAUGACUGCUGACAACAUCUCUCACGGCCUCAAUCUUAAGAAGAGUCCUGCCCUGCAGUACCUGUACUUCCUGACUCAGCUCCCCAUUGCCAUGUCUCCUCUGAGCAACAACAGCCUGUUCCUGGAGUACAGCAAGAACCCACUGCUGGAGUUCCUCAAGAAGGGGCUGGUGAUUUCUCUGUCUACAGACGACCCCAUGCAGUUCCACUUCACCAGGGAGCCUCUGAUGGAGGAGUACGCCAUCGCAGCACAGGUGUUCAAACUCAGCACUUGCGACAUGUGUGAGAUCGCCAGAAACAGCGUGCUGAUGAGCGGACUGUCCAUAGAGGAGAAGACUCACUUCCUGGGUGAAGACUUCCUUAAGGAGGGCCCUGCAGGCAAUGACAUCCGCAAAACAAACGUGGCCCAGAUCAGGAUGGCUUACCGCUACGAGACACUGACCUACGAGCUCAACCUCAUCAAGAACUGCUUGAAGACUGAUUAAACGGCACCCAGGGUGAAGACAUUUUGAUCUUAAUCCUCUUAGUGGUCCCCUGUAUGAGACGUAUGUACUGAGGUAUCCAGACCUGUCAUAAUAAGUCUACUGCUGAAAACAUUUCAGAGAAGUGAUAUGACCACAAAUAAAAAUAAAGAAAUUAGGUACAAAAGCCA